GAUCAGCUUGCACAAAAUUAAGGCACGAUGAGCUGCAUAAUUGUCUCAUCAAUCCCUUUGAUCUUCUGCUUCAUCAUGUUGGGAAUUACAUGCACUGUUAUCGAUACAGUUGGUGGCCAACCAUCGUAUUCUGGGUUCAUAAGCAUUGACUGUGGCAUCAGCAGCGACUCCACUUACAUUGACUCAAUUACGAGCAUUCCAUACGUAUCCGAUGACCAAUUCAUAAACACGGGGGUGAAGGCCAACAUCUCCUCGAAUUACAUCACUUCCGCUCUCGAGAGGCAGCUGUCUACCCUUCGAAGCUUUCCUGAUGGCUCUCGCAAUUGCUACUUGUUGAAUGUGACGCAGGGAGAAAAAUAUCUGGUGAGGGCCAGCUUGAUGUACGGGAACUACGACGGCCAAAACCGAGCGAGUGUCGAAAACCCAUUGCUGUUUGAUCUCUACUUGGAUUACAACCUUUGGAGGAUCGUGAAGAUCACCGAUGCAGCUGAGGUUCACCGGCCGGAGUCCAUUUUUGUGGCUUCCGCUGAUACUGUGUCGGUCUGCCUGAUCAAAAGUGGAACAGGGAUCCCAUUCAUCUCUGCGUUGGAGCUGAGGCUGUUCGACAGGAACUUGGAUCCAUAUACCAACGAAACUCAAACUGUGGCACUAACAUAUAGAUACAACGUGAUGCCUACGACAAAUAGAAGCAUAAGGUUUCCAGAUGACAUUUACGAUCGUAUCUGGGAGCCAUUCACUUGGCACUCCGACUGGAACAUGAUAUCCACCACCAGCUCUGUGAGAUCCAAUUUUGGAAACUACUUCAAGCCACCGUCAGCCGUCAUGCAGACCGCUGCAACCCCGACUAACUCCUCGCACUUGCUCUUUCAAUUUGACUAUGUGAACAUGGGCGCCCUCGUGAACCAAUUCUAUUUCGUUUUCCACUUUUCAGAGCUCGUACCAAACACCACUCGAGCGUUCAACAUAGACCUGAAUGGCAACUACUGGUUCAAGAACUGCAGCCCACCCUACCUCGUUGCAACCUUCGUAUGCAGCGCUGUACCCGAUAGUGAUAGCCUUCACUACCAAUGGUCACUUGACUCCUCCGGCGUCUCUCAACUUCCCCCAAUUCUCAACGCCCUUGAAGUCUUCACGCCCAUAUAUCACACAAACGUGCCCACUGACUCUGGCGACGUUGAUGCAAUUACUACGAUCAUGGGACGAUAUCAACUCGAGAAAAAUUGGAUUGGCGAUCCUUGUGCUCCCAAAGAAUAUGCUUGGGAUGGUUUGAGCUGUAGCUACAAUUCCAACUCAACGAAUAUUGAGACAGUAAUCCUGUCGUCUAAUGCACUGACCGGUGUCAUUUCCGAUGAUUUUGGCAUGUUCAAACAAAUCAAAUAUUUGGACUUGUCGCACAACAACCUCACAGGAAAAAUCCCUAAUGUUCUAGGAACUUUGUCAUCGCUCCGGGUAUUAAAUUUGUCAGGCAACAACCUUAGUGGAUCAGUUCCUGAUUCUUUGCUUCAAAAGUCACUAAAUGAAUCCCUGAUACUGAUUCUUGAAGACAAUCCAAAUCUAACUUGCACCAACGGAACUCCAUGUAAACUGACAGCGGAGAUUGGAAAGGCAAAGAAGAUUCCAAUUCUUGUUAUUGUGAUGACUGUUUGUGUAGUUGUGAUCGUAGUGUUCUUGCUCGUAUUCUUUUUUGUCCGACGAAGAAAGGCAAAAUCAACUGGUGGCACUUUAAAACUGAAGGCGCGACCAUUCACAUACCUGGAAUUGAAGAAAGUAACCAAUAACUUUGAAAAUCUUAUUGGCAAGGGUGGGUUUGGCAAUGUCUACCGUGGUUCCUUGAGUGAUGGUACUCCAGUUGCAGUCAAGGCACGUUCCCAAUCAUCAGAACAAGGGACUAAACAAUAUUUUGCUGAGGUUCAACAUUUGAUAAGGAUUCAUCACAAGCAUCUAGUUUCCAUUCAUGGUUACUGUAUGGAAGGGAAUUAUAUGGCACUUGUCUAUGAAUACAUGGCCAAUGGAAACCUAAACGAUCACAUCAUAGGUAAAACUGUUAGCGACAUUACAUCGGACUGGAAAAAGCGCCUACAAAUUGUCAUUGAAGCCGCACGAGGUUUGGUAGCAAUAAAGGAUUAGAGUAUUUGCAUCAUGGCUGCACACCACCACUGGUGCAUAGAGAUGUGAAGUCUACAAGCAUCCUCUUGAAUGAAAAACUAGAGGCCAAGAUUGCAGAUUUUGGACUAUCCAAGGCCAUCCAAAACGAUACUAGUAAUGUGAGAACUGCUGAUUCCCUACUGUCCAGGGGCAUCCAAUAUGGUGUUACUAAUACCACGGCAUCAGACGUGGCUGGAACCCCAGGAUAUGUCGAUCCGGAGUAUUGUUCGACCCUAGAAUAUAGCGAGAAGAGUGAUGUAUUUAGCUUUGGGGUGGUCCUCCUGGAGCUCAUCACAGGUCAACCUCCAAUUCUGAAAGCUGUGCCAGAUGGAAUGUCUUAUAUAGUUAAUCGAAUGCAUGAAAUGCUCAGGAGGGGGAACAUUGAUGCCAUUAUAGAUUCAAGGCUACAAAACAUUUACGAUAUCAAUUCUGUUCGGCGAACUGCCGAUCUAGCACUUCAAUGCACAUCUGACGUCCCCAGUGAGAGGCCAACCAUGACGGAGGUCAUAACUGAGCUGAAUGAGAGCUUGAAAUUGCAAACGUCUCAUGAAAGGACCAUUAACUUUGAGAGCAAUGAUAGCCUCCAGACCAGAACCAAUGAGAUUAGCCAAAGUUCUGCUCCAGAAAUAGAAGAAUUUUCAUCUCUAUCGGCAAGAUAAGACUUCUCCAAAUCAUCGUCCUUGAUUAUGAUCAAGAACUUUUAUGGAUUAAGAAUAUGGUUUAGUUAGAUAGUUCUUCUAUAUAUGUAAGUUAACAAUCUUUUCAGCAGGUUAUAAUUUCCCAACGAAUUUUGAUUA